AUGGAGCCUAUCUCACCACUUGCUCUGUCACCCAUUGCGGAAGACUCACAACACCCAUACCAGCGUCUUCCUGCCAAGGAUAGUUCUGACUCCCCAGAUUCUUCUCUUAGUUGCGGAACUUGUCUCACGCCAAUUGCGGAGGAAAUGGACGAUGUCGGCGAUGCAAUGAACCAUGUUCAAGAGAGUCUCUCGGGUAUGUCCUUGCACCCCACAAUAGUGGUUACUGAUGCGAACGAUGAAUCCACGCCAAAGCCAAAGUCAGCCAGCGGUAGUCGUGUCACUACCAAUGAGUCGAAUCCAGAUCUGACUGACAGCGUGCUUCUGCUCACUGACCAGUUGCUGACAGUCACCAAGUCACUCUACAGUCUGGCUGAUGAUCGUUUUGCAAAAGUUGAGUUUGACAUUCCCCGAACUUUUUGCACGCAGAUUCAAGACAUCCCAAACGUUCGAGACGGAGCAACAGGUAGCAAGACAUCAAAGGACAACAUACCACAUUUGAGGAAUCAAGUCAUCCUGGCUCGGAACCGUCUGGAGUUGUCAAUGUCACAGGUGGUCUUGGCUGAGAACCGACUGAAGUUGGCACAGUCGACCAUGGCUCUUGCUGCAGACCGGGUCACAUUCGCAGAGGAACGACUCGAACAGGCGAAAGAGAAGACUCGUGACGGUAACUGA